AUGACAGAGCCUUCGCCAGUCCGUGUAGCCAUAAUCGGCCUUUCGGCUUCCGCCGUGACCUCAUGGGCAGCCGACGCCCACCUCCCAGGUCUUCAAACCAAGACCGGCCUGGGGAAAUAUCGCAUCGUGGCCCUAUGCAACAGCAGCGUUGCGGCCGCCGAGGCGAGUAUAAAAGCUUAUGGUCUUCCUUCAGACACAAAAGCCUACGGUAGUCCAGAAGAUCUGGCGGCCGAUCCAGACAUUGACUUUGUCAUCUGCAACACACGCGUCGACAAGCACUACGAGACGACUCUACCCAGCAUCAAGGCCGGAAAAGAUGUUUACAUUGAAUGGCCUAUCUCCUCUAACAAAGCUGAGAUUGACAGCCUUGUAAAGGCAGCAGAAGAAAGCGGGUCAAGGGCAUUAGUCGGGUUGCAGGGUCGAUGGACGCCUGUGGUUCUGAAGAUCAAGGAGAUUCUAGAUAGUGGCGCUGUUGGGAGGUUACUGAGCAGCGAGGUCCGAGCCUAUGGAGGCUCUAAGGACAGAGAGAUACUCCCCGUUGGGCUGAAGUACUUUGCCGAGCGACGUGCCGGCGGGAACCCCAUCACCAUUGGGUUCGGUCAUGUUGUCGACUUUAUUCAGUCUGUCGUGGGCGAGCUCGAUCCGGCCAGCACCCACACCCACUUCCAGCUUCAGCGACCCCAAGUCAAGAUCCGGGAUCCCAAGACUAACGAGGCCAUCGAGACGAUCACUUCAGACGUCCCGGAUCUUCUCUCGUUGCAUGGAUUCGUCUCCUCGGCAAGAACCCACCACCAACCGGCCACUCUGACCUUCCACUUCCGCCGCGGCCAACCAUUCCCUGGCACUCCGUCGCUGACAUGGACAUUGAACGGCACCGGCGGCGAGAUCCGCGUCGUCGCUCCUGCGGGCAUCUCCCUGCAGGCCGAUGCCUACCAAGAGCCUGUGACCAUCCAAGUGCAUCAUUACGACACCGACAGCAUCGAGGAGGUGGAAUGGCAAUGGAACGAGGAUCAGCAAGAGGUCCCCAUACGAGCUAGAUCCGUCCAGGCUGUGCUCUACGCCUACGCGGAUUGGAAGAGGGGAGUGAAAGAGCUUGGGACAGAACCGGCGUGGGUCGAAAUUAAGGAUGCGGCCCGUCGGGCUGAACAAAUCGGAAGUUGGCUAGAUGGCUUCCAAGUGUGA